AUGGAUAGCCUUGAGGCGCUUGCGACGCUGCUGUGUCGUGCAUCUGCAUCCUUGCAGGGACUUGACCUCUCAUGCACGGGGCUUGGAAGUGUCGGCGCGUCGCUACUCACAGACGGUUAUGCCCUGGCUGACGCUGGUGCUGGCGUGACUGGAGCGGCCUCGCCCCUACGCUCGUUGACGGCGUUGCAGGAGAUACGAUUAUCCAGCUGCCGUAUCGAUGCAGACGGCUUUGAGGCUCUUGCUGAUGCCUUCCCUGUCAUGUCGUCUCUGAAGCGCGUGUUUUUGGAUGGCAACGCCGUCAGAAGGGCGGAUGCCAUUGUGUCUCUGCUUGGAGCACUGGUGGAGUUGCCCUCACUGAGGUUUGUUGGGUUGUACGGUUCCGUGCCACGCCACCUCACAAGCACCGUUGAGGCCUCAAGUGGAUGUGUCGCCCUGCGACGUGGAGGUGUGAUUGUGCACUUUUAG